CAGUCUUCCUUUGAACGAGUGAUUGGAGAGUUUGUUUUAGCGUCAGCUGCGAUGGAUCCGACCUUCAAAAUAGCCAAGAACCUCUUUGGUCUGAAAAAGAAGAAGAGGAAGUUAAAGAAGAAGAACACAUCAGACCUGGUCCUAUCAAACCAAGGAGCUCUAGAUGCUGAAGCAGAGAGUCAGUCAGAUGAAGAUCAUGAAGAAGAGAACCCCGAGGACCAGUGUUUUGUCCACAGAAGGGAGCGGCCACACUGUAAAAGGUCCAAACUAAACACUCACAUUCAGGACAGUGAAGGGAAACCGCAGAACUUUCGGAUUUCUAUUAACGUCACAGAGGCUCGUCAGCUUCUCGGGGAUAACAUCGACCCCUGUGUUGUGAUAGAAAUUGGAGAAGAGAAGAAGCAGACGUCAGUGAAAGAAAGCACCAAUGCUCCUUUUUACAAUGAGUGUUUUGUUUUUGAUAUUUUUGCCCACAAAGAGGUCUUCCUUGAUAAAGUCAUCAAGCUCUCGGUGAUUCACUCCAAAAUGCUGCGUAAUUCUUUCAUUGGCUCUUUUAAACUGGAUGUCUGGACUGUCUACAAACAGCCAGGCCAUCAGUUUAACAACAAAUGGGCACAACUGACUGAUCCAAGAGACAAAAACACUGGAGUAAAAGGAUUUCUGAAAUGUGAUAUCAGCAUUUCAGAAAAAGGAGAUACCAUAGAACAAGCCAACAAAAGCAGCAGUGCAGAAGAACAGAUCGACAAAAACCUGCUCUUACCUGAAGGAUUUCCCUCAGAGCGUCCCUGGGCCCAGUUUUCGGUGAGGAUUUAUAAAGCCGAAGGUUUGCCUCGAAACAGCUCCACCAUCAUGGCCAACGUCACCAAGGCCUUAAACCGCGCAACGCUCAUAGACCCUUAUGUGGAAGUCCGCUUCUUCAAACAAACGGGUCGUACAUCCACUCAGCGCUCCUCAGCAGAUCCUGUUUGGAACGAGCAGAUCAUCUUCACAGAAAUGUUUCCACCUUUGUGUCAGAGAAUCAAGAUUCAGGUGUUGGAUGAAGGCAGUGUGAAUGAUGUCGCUCUAGGGACUCAUUACUUUGAUCUGCGGCGAAUCUCCAAUGAACAGGAUGGAGACCGAGGUUUUUUACCAACUUUUGGUCCUGCCUGGAUCAACUUGUACGGCUCCACCAGGUCCCAGACACUGGGAGAUGACACUGUGGAACUCAACGAGGGCAUUGGAGAAGGAGUUUCAUUUAGGGGACGUAUCUACAUUGAGCUGGUUGUGGAAAUCUUAUCUGGGGGUUCAGACUCAAAGCAGAGCAGAAUCAGAACCAUUAAAGACAUCAAAAACGAAAAGCCAGGACCAGGAAAAGAUGGACCACCCGCAGCCGCCACUGGGGGCAGCACUGAGGAGGGCAAGGCGGAGGUUCUGCCUGUGGAACCUCUUUCUAAGAUUGAAGAAAAUGAGAACUUUUUUCUUUUUGGAACCUUAUUUGAGGCGUCUAUGAUUGACAGAAAAAUUGGAGACAAACCAAUCAGCUUUGAGUUCUCUCUGGGAAAUUAUGGCAAUGUAUUUGAUCCAGCGUUGCCUUCACCUGCUGCUGUGCCCAGUCCUGCUCUGAGCCACAGGAGAAAAGCUCUGGACAUCCCAGAUGGAACAGAUCUUCUAAACGUUUCUCCCAGCAGCUCCCAGACCCCUCUCCUCUCCACACAGACCCCUGAUUUUUCAAGGUCAUCCAAGUCUUCCACUACUCCAGAAAAGCCUCACUUAGUUGAAGGCACCAGGCACUACAUGUAUCUGCCUCUGGAGAAACAAAAGCCAUGCAUCAAUCUGGUCAGUCAGUGGGAGGGAAGGACCUACAGACUUUAUAUCUCCAACAUGCUGGAGAAUAUAGCCAACCAUUUUGAGGAAAGCCUGGACACUGUUACAGAGUACCACCGGAAGUGUGAUCCCAAAGUGAUUCCUCAGCUCAGAGUGGUCCUUUUAGAGUUUUGUACAGAUGCCAAAGAAUUCAUGAGUACAGCCGAUGCCAUGGUUAAAGCAGAGGUGAAAUCAGACUAUCUGACACUACUGGACAAGAAGCGCCUCACCAUGUGCAAGCAAGAACUGCAGAGUAUGGUGGACGAAGCAACGUCUUUGUCCGUGAGGUUAAGAAAAACUGACUCCAUCAAAGACGUCCUGAGGGAAGCCAGAAAACUCACAAAGAAACUGCAGUUCCUUGUAGAAGAGCCGCAGCACACAGUCCCAGAUCUGUUCAUCUGGUUAUUGAGCAAUAAUAAACGUGUAGCAUAUGCUCGUGUGAAAGCCAGAGACAUCCUGUUCUCCAACAGUGCAGAAACCUGUGGCACAAACUGUGGCAAAAUACAAACGCUUUUCCUGAAGACCUCAUCAAAGAGAGGAAUAACCCUGUCUGUUCAGGCUAAGAUAGAUGUUUACCUUUGGUUUGGGUCCUUCUCUGACGCCUGGAGUAUGUUAGACAACCUUCCUCCAGGGUUCACUGCAGCGGAGGCUGCAGACCCAAACAACCCACCUUUGCAUCUGCAAGUCACAGAGCAGCAUAAGUUCCAGCUCAGGUGCCACAUGUACCAGGCCAGAGGUUUGAUAGCUGCAGACAACAGCGGUUUAUCCGACCCCUUUGCUCGAGUCACCUUCAUCUCACACAGCCACAACACUAAUAUAGUCCAGCAAACUCUCAGUCCUUCAUGGGACCAGUGUUUAGAGAUGAGCCAGAUCCUCUUGGAGGGAGACCUGCAAUACAUUGAGAACGAGGCACCAUGCAUAAUUAUUGAGGUGUACGACGAAGAUACGGUGGGUAAAGCUGAAUACUUGGGGUCUACAGUGGUGGUACCAACCGUCCAACUGGCCUCUGUCGAUUACGUACCACCAGCCCUACAGUAUUUCCCACUGCACUGUGGAAACCUGGACGGUGGAGACGUGCUGGCGGCUUUUGAACUUUUAGAGAUCCAAGAAGCCAGACCAAGGAACCUUCCUCAGUUAGAAACAAACGAAGCAGGAUUCCUUACGGUUCCUCAAAACAUCCGACCAGUUCUCAGCACUUACAGGCUGGAGGUUUUGUUUUGGGGUCUGAGACAAUUGAAAAAAGUUCAGCUGUUGUCAGUGGACCGGCCACAGGUCUUCAUAGAAUGUGCUGGAAAAUCUCUGCGAUCUUCUGUCAUUCCAAAGUACAAGUCAAACCCAAAUUUUCCAACACAGCUUGAUGUCAUUGAACUAGAGUUACCAGAGAACGAGCGCAUCCAUCCCAAUUUGACCAUCACUGUGGUGGACUGGCGGGCGUUCGGUCGCAGUACACUGGUCGGAAAUCACAUUAUUAGCAAUUUAAAAGCCUACACAUAUGUGCCACCUCCAGUCACUCCUGCAACGAGCGCUCCCACAGCUCCCACGUGUUCAACUAUUGUAACUGUACUAGCCUCUGAAGAUCAGAGCACACAAGCAGAGGAAAGUCCUUCUUCUGACGCUCCAAGUCCCCAUUUGGAAGUUUUAGUAGAAGACUCAUCGGUCCAUCCAUCGUCUAAGCCUGCUGAACCUCAGAAGGAACUGGACCCUAAAGCAAGCCGUCGUUUUCGUUCCACUCGGCAAAGGAGGAGGACGAUCGCUGACGAAUCCGCAGAGAACGUCAUCGACUGGUGGUCCAAAUACUACGCCUCUGUUGAAAAACUGGCUAAACAGCACGAUGGUACCACCUUUACACCUUUAUUUACAAAAAUUGGUGGUUUUGAUGGAGACAAAAAGAAAAACAGAAUCAAAGACACUCCAGUUCCAUCGCCAAUUAACUGCAAACUUGCUACACUUACGCUUUACACCAAGGAGCUGGAGGCUGAGUUUGCCCAGUUUAACGACUGGGUCGACACAUUUGAGUUGUACAGAGGGAAAGCAAACACUGAGGAAGACGAGGAACGCUUUGUUGGUAAAUUUAAGGGACGAUUUUGCCUUUACAAAGUGCCUGAUGACGAUGACGUCCAGGAUAAUACAGACUUUUUCAGAGUCAGUCGUGGAAUCCCCCAAAACCAUUCAGUCCAAGUCCUUAUUCGGGUUUACAUUGUUUCUGCGACCAAUCUGCAGCCCGCCGACCCAGACGGUGGAGCUGACCCUUAUAUUGUCGUUCGCAUUGGGAAAAAUGAAAUCAAAGAUAGAGACAAUUACAUCCCCAAACAACUCAACCCCAUUUUUGGACGGUCUUUUGAGAUCCAGGCGAAGUUCCCUCAGGAGUCGCUGCUGUCUGUUCUGAUCUAUGACUUUGACCUGGUGGGCGGAGACGACCUAAUGGGAGAGACCCUGAUCGAUCUGGAGAACAGGUUUUACAGCCGACACCGGGCCACCUGUGGACUGCCCACUGAGUACAGCGAACAGGGAUAUAACGCCUGGAGAGACUGCCUCAAACCCUCAGAGAUCUUGUCAAAACUGUGCAGAGAAAAUGGUUUAUCUGGCCCAUCGUUUGCACCGGGACGCAUCACUAUCGGAGAAAAAGUCUUUACUGGAGCCACAGUUUUCAUGCACGAUGAAGAGCCAAAAGAGAGCUAUGAAGAUCUGUCUCUUAAAGUCCUACAUCAGUGGUCAGAUAUCAUGGGCUACAGUUUGGUUCCUGAACACAUUGAAUCCAGAACGUUGUACAACAAAAGUCGUCCCGGCAUGGACCAGGGCCAGCUAAAGAUGUGGGUGGACAUGUUCCCCAUGGACAUGCCCCGUCCUGGACCUUCUGUUGACAUCAGCCCCCGAAAACCUAAACCGUAUGAGCUGAGGGUCAUCGUCUGGAACACUGAAGAUGUGGUUCUUGAGGACACCAACAUCAUCACUGGUCAAAGCUCCAGCGACAUCUACAUAAAAAGUUGGUUAAAAGGUUUAGAGAACGACCGACAAGAGACUGACGUCCACUACAACUCACUCACUGGAGAAGGGAAUUUCAACUGGCGCUUUGUUUUUCCCUUUAACUAUCUCCCUGCUGAGAAGAUGAUGGUCGUGCAGCAAAAAGAGCACAUUUUUUCUUUGGAUAAAGCAGAAAAGAAAUUUCCCACUGUUCUGGUUCUUCAGGUUUGGGAUUUUGAUACACUCUCAUCAGAUGACUUUAUCGGGACAGUGGAGUUGGAUCUUCACAGUUUCUCUCCUGGAGCAAAGUCAUCCAAGACGUGCAAAGGCGACAUGUUGACAGCUGCAAUGGAGAACAUUUCCAUCUUUCAGCAGAAGAGGGCCAGAGGAUGGUGGCCCUUUUCUAAGUGUGGAGAACUGACAGGGAAAGUCGAAGCUGAAUUCCAUCUUUUGACGGCAGAAGAAGCCUCAAAGAACCCAGCCGGUAAAGCUCGCAAUGAACCUGACCCUCUGCCCAAACCAAAUCGUCCAGAUACAUCUUUUUCAUGGUUUGUCAAUCCAUUCAAGUGCUUCUUCUACCUGGUGUGGAACCGGUUCAAGAAGUACAUCAUCCUGGGACUGCUGAUCCUGAUCACAGCCCUGUUCCUGGCACUUUUGUUCUACACUCUGCCAGGAGCAAUCUCUGCAAGGAUAGUAGGACACUGAUGUUUUAUUGUAAAUCGUAGACGUUUAAUCUGAAAAUCCAGAGAAUUAAACAGAUCUAUAUGGACAAGAGAAUGACCUGCACAUUUAAUUGAAAAAGCUUUACACAGUGUUAGAAAAAAAAAAGAAAAGAAAAAGUAAAACAUGUAAAGAUGAGGGUUAGGGUCUCCUCUGUACAUUAUUCAGUCUGCAUAAGAAAUAUAUUUAAUGCUACCAGAAGAAUGCAUUUCGCAUGCAUGUUAAAAUACACAACAAUACAAACAAAAACAAACAAAACAAAUAAUCCCACAGGUCCUUUUAAAAACAUUAAAAAGAGGUCCAUCUAAAAACAUGUCAAAAAUCAAAAAUAUACUGUCAAAACCAGACUUAGACUUAUCCUGCGUUUGUGUCCAGUAGAUUAGACGACUGUAACGUCCUGAUCACUGGACUCUCCAAACAAGCCUUAAGACAGAACAGAACAUCCAGAACAUCCAGAACAUCCAGAACAUCCAGAACAUCCAGAACAUCCAGAACACUCAGAACACUGCUGCUCAGGUCCUGACUAGAACCAGGAAGUAUGAGCACAUGGGUCUAGAACCAGGAGUCAGGUCUCUGGCUCCUGUGGCUCAGAGACUUUAAAGCAUCUCUGCUUGUGAACAAGUCUCUCCAUGGACCAGCACCAAAGAACAUCUCCCACAUGAGCCACAAGAACCAUCUCACAUGAGGAGGACUUCAGGGACCGGCCUCCUGAUGUAGACCUGGUUUAGUCCUGGUUCAGACCUGGUUUAGUCCUAGUUUAGUCCUGGUUCAGUCCUGGUUCAGUUCCGGCCUCCUGCUGGUCCCAGAGUCAGGACUAAACCUGGUGAAUCAGUUCUGUUCAGUUAAAACCUGGAACUUUCUUCCUGAAGAUGUGAGACAGGCCUCAACUUUGACAAUGUUUAAAUCCAGGCUCAAACGGUUCUGUUUAGCUGUG